CUUGUAAACACACGUGCUAAUGGUGUAAAUACCGGAUUAUUAAAUAUAUUUUUCAGUGCUAAUAUAAAGAUAAAUCAUGAAAAUUGAUAAAAAACCGCCCCCAAAGGAAGUUAAAAAGGCAUCCGAAGUGAUCGACAGAAAGUACGACCUGAUUAAAACGAUCAACGAAAAUGAUGAAGUUGAGGAUCUCUCAGAGGAAUCCGACGUCGAGGUUGAGUAUCAACCCACUAAACUGAAGAACCAGAAAAAGGGUGAUUUUGAUAAUGAUUUCAAAUUCGUGUCUUCGGUGAGCGAAUAUAAUCAUGAUACGUGGGACGAUUUGAUGAAAUAUGUUAAGAAAAAGAAUAGAGGCAAGGUGGAUGAUAAAAUUGCUAAUGUAAUCAAACGUCGAUCGAAACAAAAUGCUGAAAUGUUGGAUGAACCCGAAGAUCCGGAUCCCAAUUCUUAUAAUGACGAGGUAGAUCUGUCUGACGACGAAUUGACGCACGAUGUCAUGAGAGUGAAGGAGAAGAAAGGUAGAAAACGCGAAAUUGAGAGCGUCGAUAAGGUUGCAAUUGAAGAUGAGCAAGAUGAACCUGAAGACUUUUUCGAAGAAGCUGAAAAUAAUGAAGAAAUAUCGUCAUUUUAUCAGAUGAACCUUUCCCGUCCACUGAUGAAAGCAAUUGGUGUACUUGGAUACAUAUAUCCAACACCUAUUCAGGCUGCCACCAUUCCGAUUGCCCUAUUAGGAAGAGAUAUCUGCGGUUGUGCUGCCACCGGCACAGGUAAAACUGCUGCCUAUAUGCUACCUACAUUGGAGCGUUUGUUGUAUAAACCAAGCGCGGCUCAGGCUGUCACUAGGGUUUUAGUACUUGUGCCAACUCGUGAACUGGGCGCUCAGGUUUAUCAGGUCACUAAGCAGUUGACGCAAUUCACUAAUAUUGAAGUCGGUAUUGCCAUUGGAGGAUUGGAUGUGAAAGCUCAGGAAGCCGUGUUGAGGACAAAUCCUGACGUGGUAAUUGCCACACCUGGUCGUCUGAUCGAUCACAUAAAAAAUACACCAAGCUUUUCAUUGGAUUCGAUCGAGGUUCUUAUCUUGGAUGAAGCUGACCGUAUGUUGGACGAGUACUUCGCAGAACAGAUGAAGGAAAUCAUUCAAAGCUGUAGUAAGACACGUCAGACGAUGCUGUUUUCUGCAACAAUGACCGAUCAAGUAAAGGAUUUGGCUUCGGUUUCACUCACGAAACCAGUCAAAGUUUUUGUGAAUACUAAUCAAACGGUUGCAUUCAACUUGCGACAAGAGUUCAUACGUAUUCGUGAAGGUCGCGAAUCAGACCGAGAGCCUAUUCUAGCAGCCUUAAUUUGCCGUACUUUCCACGAUCACUGUAUGGUGUUUGUACAGACGAAGAAAACGGCACACAGAUUGAGAAUUCUUCUGGGACUGCUGGGAAUCAAAGCAGGAGAACUGCACGGUGAUUUGACCCAAUCUCAACGGUUGGAAUCUUUGAAACAAUUCAAAGACGAACAGGUGGACGUUCUUAUUGCAACCGAUGUGGCAGCACGUGGUCUCGAUAUUAGUGGGGUGAAAACGGUAAUCAACUUCGUGAUGCCCGCUACAAUGGAACACUACAUUCACCGUGUGGGUCGAACAGCUCGUGCUGGUAAAGCUGGAGUUUCUGUGUCAUUGGCAGGAGAACUGGAGAGGAAAAUUGUCAAGGACAUUAUUAAAAACGCUGUGAGUCCUGUAAAGAAUCGCAUAAUACCGACAGAGAUAGUAGGCAAGUAUAGGAAGAAGGUUGAAGCUUUGGAGGAUGAAAUCGAAAAGGUCCUAUACGAAGAAAAAGCAGAAAAACUUCUACUGCAGACGGAACAACAACUGAAUAAAACGGAACGGAAAUUGAAAGGCGUUGUUAGCGGACCAAGCCGCGAGUGGUUCCAAUCCCAUCAUGAGCGCAAAGAAGAAAAGGAACGCCUUUCCGUGAAAAAUGGAGACGAAAAUGAAAAACCUAAGAAAAACAAGAAACGUAAGCGCGGUGAAGACAGUGAGGACGAAUUUGAUCCGAUCAAAUAUCAACAAGAGAAAAGGCAAAAGGUGGCAAAAAAAAAGACGGAAGCUAACAAAACUCCCAGUCAGCAGGCAAAGGAACGUGCCCUACAGGAACUGACCAAAGUGUCGUUAGUUCAGGCCAAACUGUCCAAAAUAAAAAAUCGUCCUACGCGUGUUACGGCAACUGCUGAUGACGAUGACUUUGGAAAAGGCAAGAAUAACGCCAAUCGAAAGAACAAGAAACGAUUCUCUCGCUUCGAGAAGGACCUUACCGAUACGAGUAAGAAAGGUGUCAAAAAGUUAAGAUAUGAUGCAACGAAGAAACAGAAGAUGGAUAAACUGGAUAAAGGCAAACUGCCGAACAUGAAAAUAAGUGCUGAUAAAUUCCGCAACAAGAAGGGUCUUAAUAAAUCAAAUAAGGGUAAAUCUUUUGGACCCAAGCAGUCGAGAAAAGGAAAGCAUUAAAUGUAUGGAAAAGUACAUCAGUGAUAAAUAAAGAACAUU